GCAUAUUGCAUCCGGCAUGAAGCUAAUUAUUUUGUUGGCUCUCUUCUGCCAGAUUCAUCUGGGAACCCCAAGUUUCGACCAUGAGCACGCCUACAGGAAAUGCACUGGAAUCGUGUACCUAGAUUGUCGCGACUAUUGCGACAGGGGUUGCAAAAACGUGGUGUCCACCUGCCUUCAUCACUGCCAACGAGGAUGCGGAUGUAUCGAAGCCUCGAUCUUGCGUAAUAAUGGAGGAUGCAAGCGGUUGGUGCAUUGCGCUGAUAAGAUAAUAGACUCCGCAUCAGCUGAGAAUCAGGACUACGCAGGGGAAUAUGUGACAGAUUGGUGGGGAAAAGAUGAUAAGUCCAAGUCUGAGGAAAGCCAUAGCCAAGAGGCAGAUAAAUCCAAGUCUGACGAGAGCCACAGCGAAGAAAGCAACAGCCAUGAAGCAGGGGAAAAGAAGACUAAAUCUAUAACUAUAUAUAUAUAACCAUAUGUUUUUAAGGAUUUUUAUGACUUGGACCAGUAUAUUCUCUAAAUACAAGAAACUAAGCCGAUGUAUUUUUCGUUGAUACCCAGACAAAUAAAGUAAA